AGAAGAAAGAGGAAAUUUUGAAGCGUGUGAAGAGAAGUCCUCUUCAUCCUCCUUCUCCAUCUUAAAUACUUCGCCUGUUACCUUGUUUCCUCUGUUCUUUUUGUAUCUCUUCCCUUGUUCUGUCACUCCGAAUCUUUUUUUCUUUCUUCCUCCCUUCAUUUUACUUCUUAGAUUCAUCGAUUCUUAUUCAUUCUUCAUUCUUCAUUCUUCAUUCUUUCAUUCAUUAAUUCAUUCCUCCUGUACAGCCCAUACUUGAACAAAAUACUUGUGUCCACCCACCUUUGAUAUCACUGAUCACUUCUCACUUAAUAACUAUUCACCCAUUACUGCCACCUCAUUGUGUCCAGCACAGCCACACUCCAGAUACACGCACAAAGAAAAGGACAGGAAGGAUGAAGCACACUGCGCCACUCAGAAUACUUAUCGCAGGCGCGGACGUCUCUACAUUAACUUUUGCCUUACUCUUGGAGCAAGCAGGCAUCGACUAUCUCCUUCUCGAACCCAAUGACUCUGUCCCCGUCUCUGCUGGCGGCAUCACCCUUCAUCCAACAGUCCUCCCUCUUCUGGAACAACUUUCACUCAGAGAUGACCUACUCUUCUUUUCUCAACCGAUGGAGCAAGUCCUUGUUAUGGAUUCGGAUAUGGAAUGUAUUACUUCGUACGACUGGAGUGACCGACAGAAACGAUAUGGAGCAUGGAGCCGAUUCAUGUCACGACCUGAAUAUUGUAAUAUGAUUCUCGAGAAAUUACCAGAGUCCAAAGUCUUAUUCAAUACCAUCAUCACCUCUAUCACAACUGUAGAACGUGAAGAUGAGGAUGAUGAAGAUGAUGGUUUGUUUAACGAUGAUGAUGGCACGGGUACAAUCAAUAGUGCUCGACAAGAUAGCAUCCUUGAUACUGAUUCUCAUUUCAAGGACGAGAAAGGCGAAGCAAGUAUACGUGGCGUGACGGUCGAAUGCGCAGAUGGGUCUGUCUAUAGGGGUCACUUACUGGUUGGUGAUAUCAAUAGCGAAGUAGAACGUAAACUGGUUUAUAAUAGCGAUAGUCUCCAUCGACAACAAUCACAAUCACAACAACAAUAUAGAGGAACAGAGGAUGAAGAUCGACUCACUGCUACUCGGGGAGGAGGAGACAUGCCUGUGCGCGAAACGCAGUAUCAUGUGUCAGGAAUUACCGAGGCCCUUGACCCGCAGCGUAUUCCACUCUUAAAAGAUGACACCACCCAACUAAGACUUGUGGUCGAUUGCAAGAGCACACUCUCGUGGUGGGCUGCAACUCUAGCAGACAACAGGAUCGCAUGGCAGGUCACAAAGCGGGUUUUGCUCUCUGAAAAAUCGACACGCCCUUCCGAGUUUGGGUCUCUGCAUCAUGAGCAAGCUGCAGCUGCAUCUGUCAUCAAUCAAAUCUCUCAAAACAUGAUGUGUCCGUUGGGAGGGACCAUGAUCCAGCUAUUGGAUUGGACACCUCAAUCCCAGAUCUCUUUCGGGCGGUGGGAUGAUCGACGUGCACCUAUCAAUACAAACUCUUCACGUGUAUUGCUCCUGGGAGAAGCAUGUCGCAAGAUGGUCCCAAUUCUCGGCCAACCUGUAGAAGAAAGCAUCCUAGAUGCAUUAGCACUAGCAGAAGUUUUGUAUGCUCUCCCGUCUACACGAUUGAGUGAUAUUCAAAUGGCCAUUGAUUGGUAUCACAAGGAGCGGACAAUACGAAGAGAAGCUGCUAUUGAUGAAUCGCGCGACAUGGAUCUGACGUUCAAUACCAAAGGGCCACUACGGAAAUUUUACCGAUCAUUCAUACUGAAUUAUUUGCCCAAAUGUAUUCAGGAUCGAAAGAACGAUGAAAAAUAUUCAUACCGCCCACAGGCCAAUUUUCUGGACCCUGUGCCUGAUUAUGGUUUUGUAAAACCUAAUACAAGUUCAUACUCAAGGCGAUACAGCAUAGCGGUACGAGAAAAAUACUAAAUAAGCACAAGCCAACAAGAAGAACAACAAUACCAAAAAAAAAAAAAAAAAA